AUGGCGUUGAUGAGUUGGUUGCUUUGGGAGGGUCAGAGUCUGGGCGCUGUGGUUAUGAUGAGUAGCUUCAUGCCCUUGGCGGAGACUUUAAUGGCAGACGAUUUAGGCGAUGGCGUUUCAGAAGACGGAUUGUUCGAAAGGGGUAGUGAAGAGGAGGCAAAAACUCCACUGCAAAGGGCAAUCGAUGAGCUUCGUGAAGAGGCAGAGCUUGAUCGUGCACCACCAAUGUCAUCUUUCCCUUUCCUGAAGACUCCUGUAUUCGUGGGGCAUGGUAGAAAGGACGAGAAUGUUGACUAUUGUCACGGACUAAGUGCUGCUAAAUGCUUGGAGCACAUGGGAGUAGAAGUCGAGUUUAAGACUUACCUAGUCUUGAACCAUUGGUACUGUCCUGAAGAACUCGGACAUAGGCCUGUUAGGUUUGAUUACUCAUAA